AUGAGAUGCACAAGGCUCAUAGGGGUGCUAUUCACCCUGCUUAGCCUGCUGCAGCUGGCUGUGACUCUAAACAUCGCAGCCUUCAACAUCCGGUCUUUUGGAAACACUAAGAUGUCCAAUGCUACCAUCUCUGGCUACAUUGUGGAAAUCCUGCGUCGCUAUGACAUCGUCCUUAUCCAAGAGGUCAGAGACACCAACCUGGUGGCUAUUGGGAAGCUACUGGAUGUGCUCAAUCGGGACGAGCCUGACACCUAUCGCUAUGUGGUCAGUGAGCCGCUGGGCCGCAACAGCUACAAGGAACAGUACCUUUUCUUGUACAGGCCUGACCAGGUGUCUGUUCUAGACAGCUAUUACUAUGAUGAUGGCUGUGAGCCCUGUGGAAGUGACACUUUCAGCCGAGAGCCAACCGUUGUCAAGUUCCACUCCCCAUUCACCAGUGAGGCCCCAGUGUAUCCUCAGGCCAGCUACAGUCCAGGCUGGUCUCUGGAUCCACGUCUAUCUACUGUCUCCUCAGCGGUCAGAGAGUUUGCGAUUGUGCCCUUGCACGCAGCCCCAGCAGAUGCUGUGCCUGAGAUUGAUGCCCUCUAUGAUGUUUACCUGGAUAUCCAAAAAAAAUGGGACCUAAAGGACGUCAUGUUCAUGGGUGAUUUCAAUGCUGGCUGCAGCUACGUGAGCUCCUCCCAGUGGUCUUCCAUCCGCCUUCGGACGAGCUCUCUCUUCCAGUGGCUAAUCCCUGACAGUGCGGACACCACAGUCACAUCCACACACUGUGCCUACGACAGGAUCGUGGUUGCUGGAACUCAGCUCCAGAGCGCUGUUGUUCCCGACUCAGUGGCUCCCUUUGACUUCCAAGCAGCCUACAAACUUACCCAGAAGAUGGCUGAAGCCAUCAGUGACCAUUACCCAGUGGAGGUGACACUCAAGUAAACCUGAUGCCAUCAGGCAGUGCAGCAGGUGCUUCUGGUGGGGGAGACUGCACCUGUACAGCAGACAUGUGCAGAACUCCAACCCUCUCUGUCUCAGAACAGACAGAAGCCUACCACAUGGACUGCAAUACUGUUUAAUUGAGGUAAA